AACUGACAGCAAACAAAUGUCCUUACACGACACCCAUUCCACCGAUCAACCACCGUCGUCGCGCCAAACGUCACUCCGAUAACGUGUGCCACUCGUCACCAGCCGCCGCUCAUGAAUAGAUAAAAUGUAGAGCAAAGAUGUGGCAGCAGCUGGAAGCCACCAUCGCUACCACUACAACUGCCACAAUUGCUUCCAUGCCACACUAUACAGGACUUCGCGCGGGCUGGCAGCUACUUCGGUCAGGCCCCAGGAUUUCUGUGAGUGACUCUCCGUUUGUCUAUUAUUGUUCUGGCGAAUCCGUGCGAUGGUGGUGUGUGCGUGUCCGGUGGAUCCGUGUCGCGAGCCCAGGGAAAGCACUCCCCACCGGAAGGGCGCAUGCCUCGGUCCGCCACGUGUGUCCCUGUGUGAGUGUGCGAAGGAUUCUGCGCGCUCGUGACGUCACCGGAGCUUUCGUGUGCCGAUUACGAAAGCUCCACUUGGAUCGGGAUUUCUCACCGAGGUGAGAUGGAACCGAGUGGGUCUUGCCCACUCAUCUCCUGCCGCCCGAAUGAGAUCUCCGAGGGCUCGGAUGGUUUUGGCAUCGCGGGCUUGCGAAGAUUCUGCUCGUCAGUUGGGUGCGACACGUGUUGGGAAGUGGACCGAUAUUUCGCGUGCGGUCUAAUUUUGGGCGUUUUCCGGGGGAUCUUUGGCAGUUUUACGGAUCGUUGGAUGCUCUAAUGAUGCUAAUGACUAGUAAUUAGUACAUUUGGAAGUUAGUGUAGAUCCGUUGAGUGGUCUAAAGUGGUUUAGUGAACAUUUGAAGACAUUCUUAUACAAACUGUGAACAGUUUUCCACUCAGAGUGCCCAGCUAAGAUGGAUGAGGCUGAUAAAAGCUGACACAUCUCUUGGGAUCCGAGUUCGGGACGGCGGCCGGUGGUGAGCAGAGGAACCACCGUGUGGUGAUAAAGGAGCUUUAUGGCACCGAUUAGUGUCGACGAGGAAUUUCUCGGAUGAACUCGGGUCGCCUGGUGCGAAGUGUCUGUGUUUCACCUCUGAGAUGUGAGCUGGACGGGAGUUUGAGCAACAUUGUACCGACCAACUGACGACGAUAGCUACGGGUGCUGCUCCAGUACAGGUUGUGCUUUCGCGAGUUGAGGAACGCGGUUGAUCCACUAGUAGUGAUGCCCGGGGACGUCGAGUGUACCGCGUUUUAAAACUUAGUUAGAGCAGAAGAUUGGAAAGGCAAGAGGGAAAAGUGCAGCGCGGAAAGAGUGCAAAGCAUUUACUGCUGGCUCCCAGGAUGGAAUACUAGGUCGAUGAAGUGGCUUAAAGUGUACAGAGGCUGAAGAACAAGUGAAUUAAAGAAUUUCAAGUGGAACGCCAUGAGUGAGUCCUUCGAAAUCCAGAAGCAGAAAUUGAUCCAAAAAGUACCAAUAUGAGAAACCAGUUGAAAUCAGACUCCUGAUAGUAGGAGCAAAUGCAAGCUGAUUAAGCGAAUGGAGAAGUGCACCAAGUGCUUGUGGUAUGUGAUUUAAAAAGUGCUACUGAUAUGGAGGCAAAAUGUUGCGGUGAAGUGUUGGGAUAAGCUCCCUCGUGUUGAGAUGUAAACCAACGAUAAUACUGGCGAAUAAUGGAAGUGAUGCACGUGUAAAUUAUUGAAACCAGAGCAACUCACCGAAGGUGCAGAGUGUGUUGAGCGAAGGCUGAAAGGAAAGAACCAAGUGUACAAGAUAACUUGUAGCAGCAGAAGCAGUAAAGUUGGAUGUUUGCAUCGCGAAUCGCUAACCGUAAGCCUUCGCAAGCUCUCGGUCUCGAGAAUUAAGAAGAAUAGCAGAACUACAUUCAGCGCCAACAACAAGAACAAAAGCUUCCUAGGAAACUGAAGGGGAGACACAGAAAGGCAUCCUUCCUCCUACUCUUCUCCAUUCAUGAAAGAGAGUUGCCACCAUAGAGACACUACCGGUAACUAGGACAUCAUCGGGUGGAGUGGAGAAAGAAAACUCCGCCAAGUCCUUGCACAUCCUCCCUAUUGUGCAGCGCAGCAGCUUGGGACAAGAGCUGCUUCAAGAGCGAUAGAAAACAAUAAGAUUACAAUUUCGCAGCAUCGCCCGUCGAGGAAAGGAGGGGGUGACUUUGCGCAAGAAAAUAACAAUUAAGUGCACCUUGAAAGUAGUUGUUUCCUUUGUGUCCUAUUCUAGUCGGUAGAGAUGAAAGAAGGUUAGGCGAAGUCGUUUCAAGAAUACACGUUUCCAACAACGGUCGGUUUCAGCGCAGGAACUACACGACUGAUACUAUCACUUUUAACUGUACAACUACAUACUCCUACUAGUCUUAAGGCGAAAGGUCGGUGGGUCGUUACGCGAGUGCUUGUUUCACGAUUCGGGCGCGAGUGAUUGUGUGUGCGUGUUCUGUGUUAACCAAUUCUACGAUUACGAUCCAAUGGCAAAUCAUAACUCGAAAGAUUCUAAACGGUUCCGUCGAGUAAUAAGGAGCUAUCCUAGGUGCUAGCAGCAGAUGAGUCUCGGUGUCUCGAUUCCCUUCGAUAGUUUUGGUUCCUUUUCGAAUGGCACCACUAUAUCGGCCGCGUCUGUACCACCAUCCGGAGACGAAGGCAACAUCGAGCGCAGCUACCCUUACAAGGCCCAUUGAUAGUAAUAGUAGUACCGAUCCGGUACCUCGUUUAAUCCGACCUACUGCCGGUAGCUGUGUCAGUACCUUUGAUAGCGACGAUUGUGACAAUUGUACCGCCAGCUGCUGCCGCUACUGCCGCAACCGUAGAGUCCAUCCGGAAGGAGUAGAUCGCAUCGGAGUCGUCGUCAUCGUCGUCGUCGACAGUCGUUGUGGUUGGUGUUGUUGUUUUUGUAGCUGUAGUAGUGGUAGUAGUGGUGGAGGUGGUGAUCUGCAGCUGGUGGAAAUCAUCUGUAGUCGACGGCGACAGCAGCGGCAACUACUCUAGCAGCAAUGAAACUCGUGAGCCCACUGAGGGCUGCCAUCCUAGCCCUCGUCAUGGCACUCGUCGAGUCCGCUGGAGAAGCUGAUUACACUCUAGAUGACUCGUUUUGGAAUGAGGAGAGUCCAGUUGGUGAGGUGGAACGACUGCUCAAGGAACACCAGCAGAAUCAGGAGCUGGUGCACAAGAUCGGUAGCAACAUCUACCAGAUCAUCUACCCGGUGCAGCUGCGGCACCACGAGAAGAUGGGUAUCUCGACGCGAGAAGUCGGUGCACCAAAGGUACGCUAUCGAUCCAGAGCUUCUUCCUCCUUCUCACCACUACCACAACCACCACCACCACCAUCAUCUUCUUCUUCUUCAUCCAUGAAUUCCAUUAACCUACAUCACCACAACUACAACAACUACUACCAGUCCAACCAAAAUGCAACAACCACACGCACACGUAAAUCGUACAAUUACGCAAAUGAUGACACGAUGAGUAGCGAUGAGCUUUCCCGGAUGUUUCCAGGACGAGGUGGCUUCGAUAGUAGCUACUCUGGAAGCGGAGGUAGUCGGGGGCGUUCGAGGACGGGGAAACACUUUCAUCGAACAUCACUUUUGAUAAAAGCUUUUAAUCAUAAAUUUCGGUUAGAUUUGGAAUUAAAUACACAAUUACUAGCUCCUAAUAUUGUACAGAAACACUAUCUCCCAAGCGGGUUCGCGCAGGAUUCACAUCGAGAAAUUGAGCACUGCUACUACCACGGAACGGUAAAAGACUACCCGGGAGCUAGUGCUGCCUUCCACACCUGCAACGGCGUCAGCGGUGUGAUACACGUCGGGAACGAAACAUUUGUUAUACAUCCAUUUUACGGAGGCGAUCUUUCGAAACAUCCACAUGUUAUUUUCGAAGCACGUACAAAAUCAAACAAGGGCUGUGCUAAUUCCGGCAACAUGGAGAACUGGGCUCGGCACCAGCGAAACCAGAGGCAGAACCACCAUUCGGGCCUGGUGGUCGAUCAGCAGGACGCGAACGGGGCCGGGCGCUACCGGCGGGACGUCAGCGAGACGACCAAGUACAUCGAGACGGCGCUCGUCAUCGACCGGUCGAUGUUCUCGAAGCGCAACGGGAGCACCCGGGCCGAGGUGGUGCACGACGCCAUCCAGGUGGCGAACAUUGCCGAUCUGUACUUUCGUACGGUCAACACACGCGUAUCGGUUGUAUAUAUAGAGACGUGGCAGGGCCAGAACCAGGCGAAGAUCGACGGUGGACAGGAUAUUAGUAAAGCAAUAUCUAAUUUUAAUGAUUAUACAACUAGAAAUUUAUAUAAAAUAGAUAAGGACACGACGCAGCUGCUGACUGGCGAAACGUUCGCCGGUGGUGAGGCGGGAAUGGCCGUGCCGGAUUCCGCCUGCACAGCAAAAGCCGUCGGUAUUAGUGUAGAUAUCAAUACGUACGAGCCGCAUCUGCUCGCGGGAACGAUGGCGCACAUGAUAGGACACAACAUCGGCAUGAGUCACGAUGUUCCACGUGACGGGUGCUCUUGCCGGGACUGGCACGGGUGCAUAAUGUCCCAGACGAUCGUCGGUCUGGAGAACGUUCAACCGUACAAAUUCUCCGAAUGUAGCGAAAUCGAUUACACCGUCGCGCUGCGGCACGGGAACGGCCUCUGCCUAUUCAAUAAACCAAAUGAGGUCGUGUUCCGGAAAAACUGCGGCAACGGUGUCGUCGAGGAGGACGAGGAGUGCGACUGCGGCAACGCGCUCGACUGCGACAAGACGGAUCCGUGCUGCGAUGGCAUCACCUGCAAGCUGAAAAAGGAGUCCCAGUGCGCCACUGGACCAUGCUGUGAUAAAUGUAUUCUAAAGCCUCCGGGCGUGAUCUGCCGGGAUGCGCACAACGAGUGCGACCUGCCGGAGUACUGCAACGGGGAAACCGGACAGUGUCCGCCCGAUGUACAUAAGAAGAACGGGAACCCGUGCGGGAUGAACACGUCCGGGUUAACUACCGGUUACUGUUUCAAUGGGCUGUGUCCAACGACGGCAGCUCAGUGCGAGCGGAUCUGGGGCUACAGUGGUACCGGAGCCGAUCGUGUCUGCUACGAGCAGUUCAACUCGAAGGGUUCGAUCAACGGACACUGCGGGAAGGACGCUAGUGGCAACUACGUCAAGUGUGAACCGGAAAAUAUCCAAUGUGGUUCGCUUCAGUGCAAAGACGGCGAUCGGACGCCGGUGGAGGACUGCAGUGACCAUCAAUACGCUAAGGCAAUUAUUUCAAUUAAGGGAGUCGAGUACGAAUGCAAGUCGAUAUCCGGUUCAUCGACGGGCUCGGCAACGCCACCAUUCGGUCUGGUGCGCGACGGGACACCGUGCGGCGAUAAUCUGAUCUGCGUCAACCAGAGCUGCGUCAGUAUAUUUCCGUACAUUGACCAGACCAAGUGUCCCAGCAAUCACAACAAUCUGGAGUGCUCCGGAAAUGGGGAUUGCACCAAUACAAACAAGUGCUUUUGCAAGUUCGGCUGGACCGGCCCGGACUGCUCCAUACAAGCUCAUAUCACAACGACGUACGCGUCACCCGUAACGUCCUCCACGCCCGAGUCCCUCGCCGGCGUAAUGGAAAAGAAAACCACUCGCUACGCAAACUACCACGGCUCUAACACGGUGUUUCUAGUCGGUGUAUUAAUGUCGGUUGUUGGGGGUGUUUUUGUAACGUUUGCUCUGAUGGCUUUGUGCUACAGGUCAGUUGUAGUACAUAAUAACUUCUCCUUGUGCCUAAGAAAGAAAACCACUCGCCUUAAGUACGACCCGCCGUACGUGAAGAAACCGAUGGCCAAGUACGUCACCAACAACGCUAACCACCACUCCCAGGAAGAUAUUUCGCCGGACGAUCCCAACAAACUGAUGUACGGCAACCAGAUGCACCAUAGGGAUCAUAAAUCGAUACGUAGGCUGACGGGAGCCUCUGGUAGCGAAGAAGAUGCGGCCCAUUCCGGCGAAGAAGAGACAGUAUCGUUCAUCGAUCUACCCCCCAACAAUACCUCGAAACUUCCAGAAAAGGGCAUACUCAAAAAACACGGAUUCGGCCUAGUGUUGGUCGAUAGCAAUAAAGAAAAAUGGCCCGACGAUACACAGUCCGAUAAUCUCGAAUUGAUAGCUCAGCAAGAAUCCACUAUUCCUCCAUCAGGUGGCCAGGCGGGCGCAGCGGUCGUGGGCCCCGUACCGGACGGCAUGAAGUUUGUCAAUGGGUACCACGAGGAUAUCCUCGAAGCGUUGCGCCGUUCGGCAGCCCAGGUACCACGUAGUAGUGCUAACACACCAUCGGGUAGCUUCAGUGAGGAGCUGCUUCGGAAAACGCUAGCGGAUUGUGUUAGCAACAUGCAGAUCCAGAACCCUCCAAGCGUCUACCCAACAGAACGGGAAUACCAACGAGGCAGCAGUUCCCGCACCGGGUCCAAAGAGAACGUAUGCGUACCUCAUCCACUGUUGAGCGAUACGACAGCUACGACAACGAUGAUACCCCUUCAUCGACAACAGCAACGUCCACAGGACGAAGACUCACACGAACCGUUACGUAUCCGAAAUCUAGAGGACCUAAUACGACAGCUGGAACAUCACUCCUCACGACACAUGAGCCCCAAUGGCUCCGAGGACACCCGAGUGUCCGAAACCGAAAUCGAUCGACACUAUAGAGUAGAUAGUUCAGCGCCUUGUAGUGAAUCAUCGCAUGGCUCAAACCAACAACUAGCUCAAUCACAGAAAACUGCCACGAUACUGCCGCCCUACAGUAGUCGCUGUCGUCCUCCGCGAUCGGACGACGAGUCCCGGUUUUCGUACGGAGGUAGCGGUGGGGGAGGACCUGGAAGUAGCGGUACCGGUCGCUACCGACAUUCUACCAGCCGCCAUCCCGCCCAUCAACCCCAUUCACCUCAUUCCUUUAGUCAUCAUACCCACCAUGGGCACGCUCAUGGCCACUCGUCUCAUGCGGGCCACUCGUCGCAUCAUUCGUCUCACACGCACCUGCAUCAGGACGAAGAAGGAAUCUACGAAAGUGCCGAUCCCCAUCCGGUGCAUCCGCACCCACACGAUAGGAAUGCCCUAAGUGACCAACGUGACACCAACGAUAGUGAAAGCAGCCUCAGCAGCGACCUCAGCCAACAGCAGGAUCCGAGAACCGAACAACAACAAAACAUAGAAAAACAUACACCAAAAAAACACACAGCAAGCAGAGAUGCAUUUGAACGUGUUCUGUUCAUGUUCUGUUCAAAGGCAUUGCUCACGUGAGCCGUGUUCAAGUUCAAACACUAGUGGGUGUUUGAACACAGUGCACUGUGUAUCUAAGCAACGAUUUGCCGACUUCACUUUCAUUCGGUUGUUAUCGUUAAGAUGUAGCGCUGUCGGUCGAGGUCAAUCGAAGAUUUUCAUAAGGUUUUCGCGUUCAUCGUUGGAUAUGAAAUAUUUGCAGAACCUGCGAUCCUGAUAGCUAAUUCUCCGUUUAUUAAUAUAUACAGUUAGGUUCGCUCUUACCUAUGUAAGGCUUCCACCCACUUUCCGUAAACUUAUAAACACCUAGGGCUCAUUGCACCAGGUCGAGCCCCGGCCACUUCCUGGACAUCAACUUCAUCCCAAUUAUAAAUAAAAUGUUGGACCAGAAGUGUUACAUGCUAGUCCGGUCCAUACGAGCCAUGGUACGGCGUGGGGAGCACCAAGGUCCGUAUCUGCGCAGUAUAAUGUAUUUAUCUUGGUUAUCGUGCACCCACUAUCCAACUUAAAGACGCUUAAUAGUAUUAAACUUAAUAAAUUAUUACCCAUGGGCUGCUAGUUGGAAAAUAACCAAUAAAUUAUCAUUGGUGAAAAGUUAAAUUAAAUAAUAACGCAGUCGCUUCCAACACCUACAUUCGGUUGACAAAUCACUGGCUCUAGACCUGAACUGUCACGUUUGAACACCGUUGCGUGAGCCAUCUAGUUACCUAAAUUUUGUUCAAAAGUGUGAACACGCACUUGAGAGCAAUCAGGGAACACUUAAGGCACGCUCACCGCACAUGAGCGUUCAAAAUGCAUCUCUGACAGCAAGGCAUAGAACAGGUCGAUGAGUUGCCGGGGAAUGGAGCAUUAUUAUGAUAACGCAAACCGGUGCGCGUAGAAUAUGAAACUUGGAGCAACCUUUCUCACCACUGGCUGCCGUUAUGUGAGCGGGGAUGAGAUUCCGAAAACUAACAGAUUUGCGAAAACCCACAAAACCGGGCCUGGUACGAUUAGGUCCUAGGUGAAUUUUGGGCAGACCCCUACGCAAUUGCACGCACCGCUUGCAAAAAUGCACCACACCACCACGGAGAUUGUGGUGGACGCUCGGCAUUCAUGUAAUUAGGAAUAGCUAGCUCACACCUACCUGUAUACACAUCCUGAUCAUGAACUAAUAAUUUAAAUAUUCUCACAUUAUUUUAGGUGGAAGUUAGAUUUUUGGUAUGGGGAAAUGGUAAAUAUAAACUUAUCAACUGAUUUAGCAGACAAAAAAUUAUCAAUAGUUAACAGUAUUUCGAACUAAUUAAACGUUCAGAACAGAUGAUAAUGUUCAACAUUCCAAUUCUAUAAAGGAGUACCCGUAAUCCUGGAACACAUAAGGUAGUGGACGUAUUUUAACCCGGGCAGGUAUUUUUGGCCCACCUUGAGAAUUUUAUUAUUUUAUCAUAUCAUCUCUACAAAAUCUUAGCAAAAUAUUAUUGAAAUCUUGACAAAUUAUUAUUGGAACUUCCAUGUGUCAAGAUGUCAAGAUGUGUCAAAAUGUGUCAAGACUUUGUAGAGAUUAUAUGAUAAAAUUAAUAAAAUUCCUAAGGUGGGCCAAAGAUGCAAUUUUCCAAGCUCUCAUUGUUUUUGGAUGAUAAAUAGCCUCGUUUGUUAGUUGUAACAGCAACUGAACAAUAUUUGCUUGAUACGCCAGUAGAAAUAUUCACGGAACUAAUCCUGGGACCCACGGCUUUACUUCCCAACACACCAAACGCUUACAUCAAAACAGUGGCUACGGUUAAGAUAGCACAUAUCAAUCUUCAGUAUAAAAGAACAGCAACGAUCAAUCUUUGCAGACUUAUGCAAAAUAGCACAGCCGAAGUGGCCUUGGUCUAAGAACCUUACUUUCGUAAGGAGAAUUUCUAUCUAGGAAACCUUGUGAAUCCGGUGUUUGCUACUUUCACUAAAAAUGAAAGGGCAAACUCGCGUGUCAUGCCUCGCGCCUGUGUGCUUGUCAACAACGCAAUUUAUGCUACACUUAUCUCUGAACUGAUCACCACAGAUGUAUGUGCUAUCACAAUUGAUGUAUGUGUUGGAAACCUCAACAGGAAAUACGUCUAAGUAUUGUUCGGUGUAUUUACCGCAUGAUGAUCCAUCCCCUACGGAUGCUUUCAAGCAAGUCAUCGCAUAUAGUCCUUCAAAAGGCCUUCCGAUAAAUGUUGGCAGUUAUGCUAAUGCUCACCAUAUCAUCUAGGGCAGCUUGAGAGGCACCAUUUUUUUUUUCUUCUAAACCAUAGGGGGAUAAAUCUGCUCAACAGGCACCCUAACAGGAAGGUUAGGGUAGUGUGGGGUUAAGGCCGUCUUCUACAACACUAGUAAAAGCCAGGACUACUCUCUCCUCGACCCACUAAAACACAUUCCUAUGGUCGCCAAACCCUACGUCUCUCCGGAACCACCAAGAAGGUAUUGCUUCAGAGAGGGGCUAGUGCAUAUCGCACCCACUCCACAAGGUUAGCUGCGGUAGCCUAGCAGCAACGAACAUCGUUGACUCGCUCUGGAGAGUCCAUCACGGUAGCAUGCUGGCGCAAGGUCAGUUUCCCGAGUGGUCCUUGCCACUCCCUUUGUCCUCGGAAGGCGGGCAGGGUCAACCCCGCCCGCGUCCAACUGCUUAGCAGACAUCAAGAACUGAUGCCCACGUGCAACCCGAUCUGACCUGCCCGCAAAGGAAGGGUAUCACUACCCUUCAGGCCCUAUCAGAUGCACCGAAGGUUGCAGACAGUAGGGUCUCACCUACCCCGACCCUUGCCGGGGACCCCUUUCCAACCACGGGCUCGGAUCCAACCCAGUAGACCGACGCCACGACAGCACCGCUACCGGGACUUCCUAUCCGCGGCCACUUAAUCGCUGUAAGAGUCGAUCUCGACCGCAGGGCAUGACCUACGGUAUGACCUACGAAGCCGACUUCGAACCCCUGGACCACCUCUUGUACUGCAUCUGGACUAGCCAUUCUCCGAGUCCACGCGCCACCUCCUCUGUAGCUCCCAGACGAUAUGGGUGAUAGCCGUUGAAACGGCAUUCCAGCUAACCUCCUCCCUACACAUCCUCUGGACCAAGUUGUCCGGAGUUGUGUCCUCCCCGCAUGUGGCAAGCAUGCGGUCACGCAUUGUGCGAAAACGCGGCCACACAAACAAAACGUGUUCCGCCGUUUCCUCUAAACCAUUGCACACUGGGCAUUCGGGAGAAUCCGCAUGCCCGAAACGGUGUAGAUACUGUCGGAAGCAACCAUGACCUGUAAGGCUUUGCGUCAGGUGGAAUGUAACUUCCCCAUGGCGCCUAUUAAUCCAACUAUCUACCCUCGGUAUCAACCUAUGGGUCCACCUUCCUUUGGAGGAACUGUCCCACGCGCGCUACCAUUUGACCAUGGAGGCCAUCCUGGCAGUCCUGCGUAUGCCUCUUGUGCCGCGCAUUUCGAAGAGGCACCAAUUUGAUGGAGCACUUAAGUAGUACAGAUCUUGGAUUACUUAACAUAGGAAACCGCAUAUUUUUUUUAAAGGCACUACACCGUCUUCAGCCAAAGGCUGCACAGACUGAACAUUACAUACACGAGACAACGGACAACACACUGAACACCCAGUGGCCCAAUGGAGAAUUUUCCGUUCGACGAAAAGUUUUCCCCGACUGGAGCGGGAAUCGAACCCGCACUCCGAGGCUUACGAAACGCCUAGACGACUGACGCCGCUAACCGCACGGCUACGAUGCCCACAAAUAUGUUAGAAUUGGUCACGAGCUGACAAAUUGGCAUAUGUGUCAGAUGAAGAAUCUUUAUCUCACCAUCGCUACAUCUUUUUUGAACAUUUAAAAGUUGCUUCACAAACAUUGCGUUUUAGGAAUCCCCGGUCAACAAACUGGAAUCUCUUUACUGAUUUGGUUGCGGCCAAAUUUCAUGGAUACUCACCAUCCAUUGACACUCCAAGUGAUUUAGAUGAUGUCGUUGAUACUAUACAACGACCUUCAUCAUGGAAGCUUUUGAAGAAGCUUGCCCUCUACGGUCUGUGAAGAGCACAAGAGGAACGUCUUGGCAGAAGUCUGAUUUGGCGAAACUCAGGAACCAAUUUAAAAAGAGUUGGAACAGACGACGUUCGGCUGGUUCUGAAGCUUUCAGGUCGGCUCACAAGGCCCACAUAUAAGCUCUCCGGUCUGCUGAACGAUCCGGCUGGAAAAACCUUUGCACGAAUGUUUCCAGUUUGAGUGAAAUCAGUCGGUUAAACAAAAUUCUUGCAAAAUCUAAGGAUUUCCGAGUGAACGAACUUCGAUUGCCAAAUGGCGAUUUCGCUUCGUCUAAUGAGGAAGUUUUGAAAUGCUUAUUCAGCACACACUUCCCCGGAUGUGUGGAUAUUACAUCUUCAGAUGAACCUGAUGUCUUUUCUUGUAGUUAUGAUUCCUUGGCUUCUGCUCGGAGUAUUGUAACUAUAUAAUCGAUUGAGUGGGCACUUAAUAGCUUUGCUCUUUUCAAAUCUCCUGGGACAGAUUGGAUUUAUCCUAUUUUGCUUCAAAAAGGAUUUGAUUAUUUCAAACAUGUUUUGAAAAAAAUACUUGUUUGCAGAUUUCCUACAGGGUAUAUUCCCAAUUCUUGGCGGGAUAUUACUGUGAAGUUUAUUCCGAAAGUGGGUCGUUCGUCGUAUGAACAAGCUAAAAGCUUUAGACCUAUCAGUUUGGCCUCUUUUCUUCUGAAAUGCUUAGAACGCAUUAUCGACCAUCACAUUCGUGAUGUUCAUCUGGCCAACGUGCCUCUUCAUGUGAACCAAAAUGCUUACCAAUCUGGAAAGUCCACUGUGACUCUUUUACACAAGGUUGUUUACGAUAUCGAGAAAGCAUUUGUUCAAAAGCAAUCUUGGUUGGAUGUUUUCUUAGAUAUCGAGGGUGCCUUUGGCAACGUGCCUUUCGAUGCCAUAUUGGCAGCUGCACGGAGUCAUGGUGUGUGUGUGGUUGCCCCCAAGAGGGAGUAACCGCUUUUGUGGAAUCUCGUAGCAGAUACGCUAUUGAGGCAACUCGAUAAUAGUGGUUUUCCUACUUAUGGUUUUGCCGGCGACUACCUAACAUUGUUAGUCGGUAUGUACAUCAGCACCCUUUUCGACCUGAUGCAAAGCGCCCUUCAGGUAGUUGAGGGUUGGUGUUGCCAAUAUGGCCUAUCGGUUAAUCCGAAUAAAACAUCUAUUGUUCUUUUUACGGAAAGGCGAAACCGUAAUGGCGUUCGACCUUUGCAUCUCUUUGAUUCUGAAAUCGAUGUGACUGAACAGGUAAAGCACGUUGGAAUUAUUCUUGAUUCCAAGCUUUAUUGGACACCUCACAUUGAGUUCAGAAUCAAGAAACCUUGUAUGGCCUUCGGGCAAUGCCGGCGAACCUUUUGUACAACUUGGGGUCUUAAACCCAUGUAUAUCAAAUCGAUUUACACAACUGUUGUUCGACCAAUAUUGGCAAAAGUGGUGGCAAAAGGGCGAUCCAAUCAAAAUUGAGCCAUCUCCGAAGGAUGUGCUUAAUGGCGAUGUCUGGAGCGUUCUCUUCAACUCCCACGGUAGCGCUCGAAGUUCUCUUUGACGUAACCCGACUACACAUUAAUCUCAAACAAGUAGCACUUUAUUGCACUUACAGACUACGGGUACUCAGUCUACUAGAGGAUACUCCUGUGAAUCGCACAUCAACACACACCUCGUUGUUUCCACUUUUAAUGAAUUGGGAUAAAAUUGUCCUUGCUCCAAGUGAUCUUACAAUUGCUUGUAAUUUUCCAUAUAGGACAUUUUCCACGAAAUUCCCUUCCCUGGUAGAGUGGUCAUCUGGAUAUUUGAAGAGAUGUAUUUCAGAUGGCUCCCUUCUCGAAGGUCCAGCAGGUGCUGGUGUUUAUUCUCUAGAGCAAAUGCUUGGUAGACACUGCACCAUUUUUCAGGCCGAAAUCUUUGCUCUUGUGCGGAGUGCAAUCGACACAUCAGCAGCACGUAAUGGGCAAAGUAAUAUACUUUUGUUCAAAAAGCCAGGCUGCUAUUAAAACACUUGCCUCGGCCAACUCUAGGUCAAAGCUAGUUAUCGCUUGUCGAACUCAAAUGGAGGAGCUGAACACGGCAAACAAUGUUCGCCUUGUUUGGGUACCUGGUAAUUCUUCCACCGCUGGAAAUGGCUGAUGAGUUAGCUCGCACUGGACCAUCACAUGACUCCAUUGGCCCUGAGCCAGCUAUUCCGAUAUCGAAGUGUUGGGUAAAGCUUCAGAUUCACACCAAGGCUGCUACUUUACACAGACAAUACUGGAAUAGUUUGGAGUCAUGUCGUCAAACAAAAUUGUAUUGUACUGAGCCAUCUCCAAGGGUGGCGAAGUAUCUAACAAAUCUGUCAAAGCAGAAUUGCAGCAUUCUGGUCAAAGCAAUGACUAGCCACUGCCGACAGAAAUUUAUAUUGAUGAAUGCAUUCAGCAGGCAAAAAUCAGCUAAAUUUGCUUGUCAUCUAUCUUUAACCGUCACACUGUGGAUUCGCUCCACGAGUGCAAUAUUUAUGGAACUUCUGUAGAUUUUCAUAGUCUCAUUUCUGACCGACUUCUUAAAAUCUAAAUGCAAGAUGAAGGUAGAUUCCUAAAGCACUAACUACAUACACCAUUUCGUAUGUUUCUGGAGAAAUCCCCUAAAAAUAACGAUUGAUACUUUCAAGAUAUGAGCAAUUAAUUCACGCAUUUCCAAUCGAAUUAUGGCGAGAAGACGCUAACACAAAUCUGAGUGGAAUCACUCGCAGAAAGAAGUAAAAUAGUUUAAAAAAAUCUCAACUGAACUUCCGAUAGAAAUCAGGCAUAUUCUUUAAAAAUCGAGGCGUAAUGUCUUGCGGAACUCAUGGAAAAUAUUGUGGGUAAAAAUCGAUGGCGAAAUUUCGAGUGGAAAUUUUCAUGAAAUUUCUGAGAUUUUUCCAACAUCCCAGAGCAUAAAAUGUCAUUAUACAUGUCAAACUGUACACGAGUGUAAAAAUGGUUUAUUGGUGAAGAUAUUGUUCACUUUAUAAAUGUAGAAGUGUCGAUGAAAAUCUGACAUGUACAGCUUGUCCCGAUAGUAAAUUCAGUACAUAUUAUGAAAUUAUAAUAAAAAGAAUAUUAUAAUUUCUUGCAAAAAUAACAUAGAAACAUUUGAAGAGAUUGCUAAUGGUUGUAAUUUUUCAAAAUAUAACAAAUAUGUCGUUUUGGACAGAAGAAACUGAGGAUUGAAGGCAUAUCUUAUGUAUGGCAUGAAAGAAUUUUUGAAAGAACUUUUCAAGAUUCUUUGAAGAUUUUUUUUUCAAACCUUAAGAACCCAUCUCUUCUUUUGAAAUUUCCAAUUCGCACUCCCAACUUUUCCCACCUAAACUCUACCUAAGCAAUUCACAAAUGUGCUACAAGAAAUAACAUGUCUCCCUUAUAAAAUAAUGUCUCAAUUAACUCUGUUGAGUCUUUAUUUAUCUAGGAAUGUAAAUGACGUUAGAAAAAAAAUCGACCACGCCUUAUCUUUAAAUUCUACCUAGAACUUGUUCAUGUCUUGCAUGCCUAAACUACAUCAAGGUAGUUUUCUAAAUAAAUUUAAUCAGCAAUCGAAUUUCAAUCACUACUAAAUUUUAAAGUUUUCAAACAUUCUUGAAGGUUUCUAAUUGUCCUUACACAACCAAAUCUCUUUGAGAUGUGUAAUUUUGUAGUGAAUGGAACAGACAGUGUCUGGCCAUUUGCCCGAAUGCCGUUUGGUGCAAUGUCGUCUAAUCGAACGCCAUCUGGCCAAAUGGAUCGUUUGGCCGAAUGCCGUUCACUUUCUUAUUAUUUUACUUAUAGUGCUAGAACUGAUAGCUACAAUAUUGCUUCUCUUUUACUUCGUAGAGGGUAGAACGAGAUACACGUUCUUUUUGCAGUUGAACCUUAUCAGUCCAUCCGGGUCCGUGUCACAUGGGCAAAAAGUUGAUGGUGGUGCGGCUAGGAAAUGAUCCCAUGAUCAUCCGCUUACGAAGUGCACUUCCAGGACUACUAAAGAACCCCGCACAAUGGAUACGUUUGCGUGUGCAUGACAGUAAAUUGAUGGAUUUCCUAUGGGAGAACUGUAAACAGCGCAAACCUCGACGGAACAAACGCUAUGUGUUUCAGGUUUAAGCUACGGCACAAUUUUAAAAACGAUUCUUGGAUUUGUGGGGUAAAGCAAACCAAAUUUCCCGAAUCAAAUACUAUUCAAAAAAGUGUAAUUUUUCAGAAAUGAAGGAUUGUGGGAGGGGCAAAACGUCCACUGACAGUUUCUGUUUUGACUUGUUACGAAAUACUAGGGGGCUCCAUUCAACUAUUCACGACAUCAAUGAAGGAUGCAGGGUGCAGGAGGCAUAUUGUAGUUCAUGGGUUGAUGACAUAUAAUCUGCCGCUCAAUCCCUUGAAGUCAAACGAUCUGAAAAUGAUUCGUAGGGUUUAAUCAAUAUAUUCGAAACUUGAUUGAUUGAUUGAUUGAUUUGUCUUUAUAAGAGACUUUCAGCCCUUGACUGGUUCGUCUCUCUCGAAACUUCAAUUAGCCAAACAGAACCCUAUCGAUACUAUUGAACAAAUUGGUGCUCAACAAUUCAGUUAUCAACUACAGGGUGUCUACUAAACCAAUGCACAGUUGGAAGAUUUUGAUCUCCCAUGCAUCAAUCUCCGCAGAAUUUUGUUCUGUGAUUCCUCCAAAAGUUUUUCUGGGAUUCCUUCGGAAGUUCUGAUACUUUCAGGAAAUCCUCAGAUAGAUUGCGACCUGCAGGCUGCAAGGCCGAAGACCUUUCUGGGAUUUCUGUAAGAAUAUCGUCUGGGAGUCUUCCGAGUUUCUUGGAAUUUUCCAUAAAUUUAUACUGGGAAUCUUUCAAUAGUUUCUCAUGAAAAUCUUACAGAAACUCCCUUUGUGAAUCCCCGAGAAGUUCCUGCAGAAAUCCCUAGAUAGCAUUUCUUGAUUAAUCCAUAGAAGGCAUUCGUGGCGGAAACCACAGAACAGGCUUUUGGAGGAAUGCCCAUCAAGGAAUUCCCAAAUAGAUGAAAUUCCUGGAGGAACUACCAGGAAUAGUUUCUAAAAGAAUCCUCAAAUCGACAAGUGGCAUUGCUGGAGAAAUUUUCAGAAGGAACACCAGUGAAGUUGCCCAAACGCAAAAAGCUGAAAAUAAACGAAACGCAAACGGCUCAAUUAUCCGGGUGAUUCGAUUAUCCGGAUUAAAUUAUUGAUCGAGUCCAGCCUGAGCGAGGAAAAUUCCGGCUGUUAAACUGAACCGAAAAUCCUUUCUAGAACUUCAAUAGAAUUUCCUUGAGAUUUUUUACAGGAAAUACCUACCAGAACUUCUCCAAACCUUCUGUCAGAAAUUUCGUCGCAAAGUUUACAUGUACAAUUAGGCCGUUCCUUAUUUUGCAAAAAAUGAAAAAGUUCAAAGUUCUUUAUUGGAAAAUAAUCGUUUAAGCCAGAAAUGAUCGUGUCAAAAUAUUAAGUCCGUAUCUCAAAGCUAACUGGUCCCUCGAGGGGCCGAAAAGUUCUGAAAAAAUGUAUGGGACUAAAAAACAAUAUUUUUUUACGAAAGGCUAUACUACUAAAACCGAUGAUUUUUGGACCCUGAAGGGCCAAAACUGAGCUCAGAAUUGCGAUAUCUCCACUUGUUUUAAGUUAUUGAGCAAAAUAAAAAAAAGGGUUCCUAUGGGAUCUAAAAAAAAUAUAUCUGAUUUUUAGGUAGUUUUUUGAAAAAAAAAAACAAAGAGAAAAUCGGGUUAAGCUCGACAGUUGAGUCAAGUACAAGACGCUGAAGACGACCUUACAGUUGAGGUCGAAAUACAUAUUUGUCAAACGAUGCAAAUUCUUAGUGGAAUCAAAAGGAACAGUACUUAGCCCGAUUUUCUUUUUACGUACAGGUUCACCAUAGUCAAAAAAACAAGUAAAGACAUCGUAAUUCUAAGCACAUUUUAGCCCUUUAGGGUUUUAGUAGAACAGGGUAUUUUUUCGUCAAAAAAAAAUAUGUUUUUAGCCCCAUACAAUUUUUCAGAAUUAGGCCCCUUGAGGGCCCACUUACCCUUGAUCAGAAAUUCUGAGAUGCCCACCACAAGCUCAAGAUAGUGGUUUACAGCUCAACAUGGCGGCUGUUUGAUCGAGUAUGCAAUAUGGGCAUAUAUGGCAUGGAAAACAUGAUCGGAAUUUGGAAAUUUAAAAUCAGAAAAUCCAAGAUGUCCGCUGUUUACCGAGAUCUCUUCAACUAUACUAUAAUGGUGAUAACUUGUAUGCUGAAGAUAGCCGGGUGCCGUCCAAAAUUGAUAACCAGAAAAUCAUAGACGGCGUGUCAAAAUUCAAUAUGGCGCCUAUUUUGUGUGAUUUUAGGCUCUUAAACCAAGUAAUGAGGGUAUAUUUAGCAUGAGAAAUCUGUAAGAAGUCCAAAAAAUUAUGACCAGAACAUCCAAGAUGGUAUCUCAGUAUUGUUGAGCCUCGUAGCCGUGCGAUUAGGGUCACCAAGCUUCUAAUCGCACCAUGCUAUGGGGUGAGGGUUCGAUUCCCGCUCCGGGCGAUGAAACUUUUCGUGAGAAUAGUUUCUUCUCCGUAUCCACUGAUGCAUGCUCCGUGUGUCCCUUGUCUAGUGUUUAAGUUUCAUUCAGUCUGUGCAGCCUCUGGCUGAAGACGGUGUCCGCGUUUUUUUUUUAUUUAAUACGGCGAUUAUUUUAUAGAGCUUAUACUCUUAAGCCAUGCAUUGUGGAUCAUCUUGAGUUCUGUUGAAAGGAUAUUCUAAGGUACAAGAAAAGCACCAUCACCGCUAGGUGGUUUAAUAAGGCUUCUCAGAAGAUUUUUUUUUCUAGUGGUCUCAUUGUGCGUAUCAAAAAAUAUUUCGAAACAAAUUCAAAUAUGAGCAGAAUAUCAAAUUGAAGAUUAACGUUACAGCCGAUUAAUCAAAAUAUAUGCAUACCUAUUUAUUGUAAGCAGUAACCUACCCUAUAACUGGCAGGUACUUUAAUUCCGAAUGAUAUCCCUUGCACGCGAUACGUUUUUAAUCCCGUUUAAAAACAAAUCGCAUUCCCACAAGCGAUACGAAACCUUAUGGAAAUGUGUGCAAUCUGAUUUGAGUUUUUUUUUGUGAUUGGAAAAACACAUCACAUGGGUGGUAUCAACAUCGCAUGCAAUUGAAACUGAUUGAACGCGAAAAGGAUUACCCGUUUUAAUGCAUCACUUGUUUGUGAUAUGGUAUAUCACAAACAUAAACUUAACCAAUUUCGAAUGCAGAGCAGAUCGUGUCGCGCAGUUUGCUUGAUGAAUCGAAAUCUAAACGAUAUGAUUUGAUGCCAAUGUAUCGAAAUCACGUUAAAUUACAUUGAUGAGAUUGAACUCUGCCUAGAUAGAACAACAUGAUUUGAGCAUAAGCUUGAUUGGCCACCCGUUUACGAUUGCUCAUCUCUGUUUUUGUAAAGGGGCAGCUGUGCUUACCGAGGCAUCUAAUAGAAGGAGCUUUGAAUUAGUUGUAAUGUGUAUUUUUCAGUAGGCGACUUCGAGCAAAUGUAGAAAAAGGUAAAGACAUGUUAAAGUAAAACCACUUUGAAGAAAACCGAGGAGUCCUCUGCACUAUUACGAGAAAUUUAUUAUCAGUUCUAUUCUGUUCUUAGUUAUAAAUCGAAAUUGUUUUUUUUCAUAAACUUCCAAUAGUAUGUUGAAGUGCUCAAUCUCGGGCGACCAAGACAAUUCGCUUGCGGACUGUUCAUAAACCUCGUAGACCAAGUUUGGCAAAUCUCAGACACCCCUCCCUCCUCCCUCGUAGAUUUUCGCCCAUACAUAAAAAAAUAUUUGUAUGAAACGCCCAAAACUACUUGGUUUACGAAAGGCCUCAUAGCAGUACAGAUUACACAACAAAAAAUAAUGUGAGAAUAUUGUUGCCCAAUUUCCCUCAGUUCAUAAAAAAUUUCAUAAUUUAAAAAAAAAUGGAAAAGUAGGAACAAACCAUCACUCGCACAUUUCAUCAAAGCACGGCAUGCACACUCACUUACACAUACUGAAACUGUUCGUCAUAGGAAUAGCCAAUUUUUACUGAAAACAAAAUCAAUGAGAACAAAAGAUCUAAAGUUUAAAAUAACAAACAAAACCGCACUAGCAAAAAUCAAAAGAAUCAAACACAUACACCUUUUUGAUUUCACUUUUUACGAAGUUAGAAGCACCUUCGACGACGUACCCAUCCGGUCGUAACAACUGAGACAGAUGGCGUAAAGUAACGUGUGUAAAAUAGUAAUAAAGUCAAUUUUUAUACGAAAACACAAACUAACGAAAAUUGAGGAAAAAAUUAAGCAAAAAAGGUAUAAUUUUCAAAAAAAAAACUGGUAAAACAAAUGAUUCGGUAGACUUUUUCGGAAACAUUUUCUAAAAUUGAUAUAAGUAAUUGAAUAUAGAAAAUAAAAAAAACUAGGCAAAACAAAAACACAGGCAGAACAUAGUGGGAAAUCGAAUAACGAUCGUCGGUAGCCGUCGAUCCGGUAGGGUCUGUUUGCGGAAAUCAAUUUUGUGUUAUGCGAACUACACGGAAAUAAUCUCACGUACAUGUAUCACAAAUCUGCAAGAAAAUACUUUCAAACUUCAACACAUACACACAAAACACGAAAUUGAAAAAAAGAAAUUUGUUACCAAAUUGUCAAAAAGGUUAUAGCCAUCAAAAAUAGGUAUAAAGUUAAAAGCAUUAAAGUAUGCCAGAGACAGAUGUGCGUGCGAAAAUGGGAAAGGAUGCUGAAAACUGAAAUAGGAAAAACACGAACGAUAAAUACACACAUAAGUGAAACACCUAAUGUUAAGUAAUUUGUAAGGAAAAUCGUGAACGUCAUUCUAAAAUAGUUGUAUAUAUUUACAAAUAGUACGUAAAACAAGUGAAACUAAAGGGAAAAAGGAAUACAACACAAAAACCGCAUUAAUGAAACAAGUUAAUAAACGGAUUUAGUGUAAGUUGGAAUAUUUGUAUAAAAUCGAAUAAAAAAGAACAAAAAUUGAAAAAAAAAACUCAAACAUAGGCAGACAGAACGAUUAAUGGUAAACAGAAAAAGAAUAACAUUAGUGAAACAAAUAAAUUGAGCGUUAUCAAAGAGAACACAAAACAACCUUCGGUAUUGACGGUACAUAGUCCCUUCCAAUUACCAAGCGGAAAGGGGAACGACUCACGUUAUGCAGUGAAGUAUUAUUAGAUAAUAGUGGAUCCGCAGCCUGGGCCAAUCCCUGAAUACCCCCUGUGCUUGUUGUCGGCUUACCUGCCGACGGAAGCGAACGGGAAUCGAAUACCAAUACAAACAAACAAAAAAUAUCUCGACCGCAUGUAAAUAGUUAGUGGGAAAAUUUCUAAAUAAACAGAACACAUGUUUUUAAAACAUAUGAAGCAUUAAGGUAUAGCAAAACAAAAAAAAAUACAGAGAGAAGAUGUUCCGAAAUGAAAAGAAUAAAACAGAAUAAAUAGAAUGUAUAAAGUGGUAAAAUAAAUAUUUAAUCGUUUUAUAUUGAAUCAAAGGAAGGAAUCCGAAAAUGGUAUUUAUUAAAAAAUGAAGAAUAGUUAAAUAAAUCAAAUUAAUAGAUUUUAAUUAAUUGACAGCAGAAGAAAACAAGUGCGGUAUCGACCGAAGGCGAUAAACAUUAGUUAAAAACAAUGAAAAUUUAGAAAAAAGAGACAUUGACAGAAUCAGAGUAAACGAAGUUAUGGGAGUAAUCAAAAUAAACACAACAUACACAUACAUGAGAACAGACACAGCUCACUUAAAACAGUAUAACAUGAUGGACGAAUACAAUUAUUUUGAAUCAUUUUUUACUAAAAUAGUUAAAUCUCUCAGAAACAUACCACAACACAACAGACACACACACACACGCAUACCAAUUGAGACACAUAAACACAGAAAAUGGUAAAUAAAUUAGUUCUGUUAUCAAGCAAUUCUAAAGUUUAUGGUAAUGCGAAACAAACAAACAAAACACAAAGCAUAAAAGAAAAUAAAUCACGCGGAGACACUUUUUUAAUAAAAAAAAAUAAUGCAAACAUGCUGGAACUGAAACCGCAGAAAAAUAAACAAAACUACAGAGAAAAAGAAUCCAGUUUAUAGCAGGUAAAUAAACCACAACAACACUUGACAAAAAAAAACGUGUUUCGUUAAUCACCCCAAACCCCCCAUAUGCAUGAGGAGACGCUGCAUGCGAAGCAACACUGUAGCCUCAGAGCGGCUGUCGGAACUUUGUUUGAUUUUAUACGUAGAUAUAAAAAAAGCAGAAAGAGUAGUUCUUUUCAAAAUUGUGACAAAGAAAAAAAAAACAAUUCACGGACGAACGGAUUAUAUAGGUCGAAUAACAAAUUCGAAAAACCAAGCGAAGCUCUGAGCUACACUCUAAACUCACUCUAUGGUAAGGAUAAACGCAGCAGUAUUUUCAUGCAAGAUGUCAGUGGAUUAAUGUGUUCACUCUUUCGUUGCUGUACAAAGGACAAAAGAAGAAGAAAAAAACAAUGGUGAAAACGUGGAAAAUGAUUUUUGUUGAACUAAUUUUAUGAUAGAAAAUAAAGUUUAUAAGUUACUAACAAAUGAAAAAUCUUACAAGGGUGUAA